AUGAUUGACGACCAGGGCUUGGGGUUCUUUACCAAUUUCCUAGGCAUCUGUAUAUUUAUUCUGGUAAUUGGUUACCAAUAUGUGAUGGCGGAUCCGAAAUAUGAAGGGAGCUGAGGAUGUGUGGGAUUUGUGUUUUUGUCGGGAAAAAUUCAAACUCUUCUCCCACUAGAGACCCAAACUAAUGUGGCUGCAUUGUCUGCUUUCUUACUGAAACUGUUACAAUGGCAAUAAUUUUUUAUUUUAUUUGAGUUUAGAUCUUGAAAAGUUGAGUAGGGCUAAUAUGUACUAGUUUCCUGCAUCUGUGUUUUUGUAUUGUGGGUGGACCACAUUUUGAAAGAAAUUGGAUUGUUCAUCA